ACCGAUCCCCCCUCCCCGCCCACUUAUAAAUACCAUCUCGACGAGCGCUUAGCCCUCCACCACACGCCGAGGCUUGCUCUUCUUCUUCUUCUUGUUGUUGUUGAUAGAAAAAUAGAAUUCAGGGGCAGCCGGGGCCCGAGAUCGGCGAGGCCGGCCGUGCUUGCUGCUCGCGCCAUUGACACAUCGUCCAUCUGCUAGCGCAGAGGUAGCGAGGUAGUAGCAAUGGAGACCCGGGACAGCGCCCCCUCCACCACGCCGCUCCCCUACUCCUACUCGCCGCUGCCGGCCGCCGACGCCGCCUCCGCCGAGGUCUCCGGCGCCCGCGCCCGCCGGAGGCCGCUCUGCGCCGCCGCGCUCGUGCUGUCCGCCGCGCUGCUGCUCCUCGCCGUCGCGGCGCUGGCCGGCGUCCGCAUCGCGCCCCCGCGGCCCAUCGCGGUGGGAGAGACGGCGGCGGCGGCGAGGAGCAGGGGCCCCGCGGCCGGCGUGUCGGAGAAGACGUCCGGCGCGUCGGGGGUGCUGCUUGGCGAGGGCGGCGGCAACGCCUUCCCCUGGAGCAACGCGAUGCUGCAAUGGCAGCGCACGGGAUUCCACUUCCAGCCGCACAAGAACUGGAUGAACGAUCCCAACGGCCCUGUGUACUACAAGGGUUGGUACCACCUCUUCUACCAGUACAACCCCGACGGCGCCAUCUGGGGCAACAAGAUCGCGUGGGGCCACGCCGUGUCCCGCGACCUGGUCCACUGGCGCCACCUCCCGCUCGCCAUGGUGCCCGACCACUGGUACGACGCCAACGGCGUCUGGACGGGCUCCGCCACCACCCUCCCCGACGGCCACCUCGCCAUGCUCUACACCGGCUCCACCAACGAGUCGGUGCAGGUCCAGUGCCUCGCCGUGCCGGCCGACCCCGCCGACCCGCUGCUCACCAACUGGACCAAGUACGAGGGCAACCCCGUGCUGCUGCCGCCGGCGGCCAUCGGCCCCAAGGACUUCCGCGACCCGACCACCGCCUGGUUCGACCCCUCGGACCGCACCUGGCGCAUCGUCAUCGGCUCCAAGGACGCGCACCACGCCGGCAUCGCCGUCACCUACCGCACCAGGGACUUGGUGCACUUCGAGCUCCUCCCCGGCCUGCUCCACCGCGUCGAGGGCACGGGCAUGUGGGAGUGCAUCGACUUCUACCCCGUCGGCACCCGGGGCGACGCCUCCCGGAACGGCGUCGACAUGUCGGACGCCAUCUCCGAGAACGGCGUCGCCGGCGACGUGGUGCACGUCAUGAAGGCCAGCAUGGACGACGACCGCCACGACUACUACGCGCUGGGCCGCUACGACGCGGCGGCCAACGCCUGGACGCCGCUCGACCCGGCCAAGGACGUCGGCAUCGGCCUGCGCUACGACUGGGGCAAGUUCUACGCCUCCAAGACCUUCUACGACCCGGCCAAGCGCCGCCGCGUGCUCUGGGGCUGGGUCGGCGAGACGGACUCGGAGAGAGCAGACGUCGCAAAGGGAUGGGCAUCCCUGCAGUCGAUCCCCCGCACGGUGCUGCUGGACACCAAGACCGGCAGCAACCUCCUGCAGUGGCCCGUCGAGGAGGUCGAGACGCUGCGCACCAACUCCACCGACCUCAGCGGCAUCACCAUCGACCACGGCUCCGUGUUCCCGCUCAACCUCCACCGCGCCACGCAGCUCGACAUCGUCGCCGAGUUCGAGGUCGACCGCCGCGCCGUCAUGGCGCUCAACGAGGCCGACGUCGGCUACAACUGCAGCACCAGCGGCGGCGCCGCCAGCCGGGGCGCGCUCGGCCCCUUCGGGCUGCUCGUCCUCGCCGACAAGCGCCUCCGCGAGCAGACGGCCGUCUACUUCUACGUGGCCAAGGGGCUGGACGGCGGCCUCACCACGCACUUCUGCCAGGACGAGUCGCGCUCCUCCUCCGCCAACGACAUCGUCAAGCGCGUCGUGGGCAGCGCCGUCCCGGUGCUCGGCGGCGAGACGCUGUCGCUCCGGGUGCUCGUGGACCACUCCAUCGUCGAGAGCUUCGCGCAGGGAGGGAGGUCCACCGCCACGUCGCGCGUCUACCCGACGGAGGCCAUCUACGCCAACGCCGGCGUCUACCUCUUCAACAACGCCACCGCGGCGCGCGUCACCGCCAAGACGCUCGUCGUGCACGAGAUGGACUCGUCAUACAACCACGACUACCUUUAAUUAGUUAUCUCGGAUCGAUCAUCAUCUCCAUUUUUAACUGAGCCAUCCACUACAUACGGCUUGUACUGUACUACUCCCUUGUUAAUUCCGGUCCAAAUUAAAGCAUGCAUAUGCAUGCCUCUCGAUCGAUUUUUGUUUAUAAUUUUGUUUCUGGUUCUAUACCUGCUUACUGUUAUUAUACUGUAUUAUUAUCAUCAAGCUAGCGCUCGAGGCCUUGUUCCAAUUGUACUAUAUAUUUUUAUCUACUGGAACCACGAUGCAAGCAGCAGGCUAUAUGUAUGUAAGUAUCAUUAGUCAA